UAUUAGACACAUCUCCCUAGCUAUACUAGAAUGGAUUUAAUUUAUUCCGUCAAUAUUAAUUUCAUAAGGAUAAAACGUUCUCUAUUUUCUCUAUUUUCGAUGAAACACAGAAAUAUAAUUAUAAAUUUCUUAAUAGAAAUUCCUUUUUACUAAGACUAAUUAUAUAAUAAAGUUAUACUAAUGAUAAUACCCCUGCUUCAGUGUAACACGACUUCCCUUAUUUGAUGUGUUUGUGUGACACAGACAACAUUGCAGUAAUUUCCUAUUGGAUGAGAGAGAUUUUCUAGAUUUCUUUCAAUAUUGAAAGUGAGGCUGAUAGCUUUUUUCUUUGUUCAUCAUACACACAAUUAAUGAGACAAUUACUGUAUCAGACUAAUGAUCCUGUUGCAAUAACCAGAAAUGCAGAAGAGAUAUUUAACCGAAAUCUUCAGAGAUUAAAAUCUAAAAACCAGUUUUAUAUGGAAAUGAAGCAAGCAACAGAGGAAUGGAAAUUCUCAACACCCCAAAUCCUACCACCAACACCAUUUACUAAUCAACAAACACACAAGACAAAACAGUCCCAUCUCAUACAGAACUAUGAACUAAAUGGAAAUGCAAGGCAGAUGCCACUGGACACAUCUUUGAGUAUUAAAUUCCCCAGGAUGAUGAGAGUGGACAUAAAGAGUUAAACCACUUCAACCCAAGUGUAUUUCAAACAAAGGACCACAACAGACCUCCUUACAGCCAACAUAUUCACUGCACUCCUGUUUUAGCUCUAAAUCUCAUUUUUGAUCAUUUCUAUUCACAUGUGUCCUCCAGCCUCUGAGAAUUCACACAGGAGGAAACAAACAUACCCCAGUGGAUUACUAUUGACCCUGUCCUGGUCAUCCAUGGCCAGUAGAAGUUAAAAGAUCAAGGCUUUGUCCAGUUAAUCAACAUGGCAAGGUAUUAACAUGUCGAAAAUGUUAACGGAUUACAACAGCUUCAACAUUGUCAAGCACCAUCUUAACACUGAGAGAAGUAAACUAUAUCUGCAUGAGUCCACCUUGGCUCCAACAUGGUUGUACUACUACAACAAGAACAACAUAAAUAAUGAUAAUAACGUGAAACAUUUCAUUUGGAAAUUACCAUUGCUGUCAACUAUCUCUUCUAUUGAUACUGUUAAACACAGUCUACUCGAUCACCGACCAGUCCACACCUAAUAUGAUGACAAUACCAACAACAUCAUCAUCACUAUCAUCUGAUAUUGUUUGGAACUUUUAUCCCAGGCAUCUACAACUCAUCCUUUGCCGUUUCUGGAUUUACUACAACAUCAUCCCACUUCUAUUUAGCCUUAGCCAUUUCUGGAACACUACAAACAUGGCUAUCUACAGCUCUGACACCGACCAGGCUCAGGUAUUCUGUGCUUGUAUCAUUCCACAAUGCAUUGCAAAAUACAUGCUUAUAUACAUAUCUACAUAUACAUACAUGUAUAUAUAAAUAUAUAUAUAUAUAUAUAUAUAUAUAUAUAUAUAUAUACAUACUUAUGUAUGUAUAUGCAUAUAGACAUAUAUGUGUAUAUACAUACAUACACAAACACGCAGUAUAUAUAAUUUUUUAACAGAUGGAACACACACACACACACACAUGGCCACAUCACUAGUAUUACUGAUACUACUGUCACCACCACCACCACCACAACAGCAAACACCUCCACCACCACCACUACUACUACUGCUGCUGCUGCUGCUACAUCAGGUAUUGACAUCUCGGCAAAGAUGCUGCUGCACUGUAAUAUGUCAAUAGAAACAUCAGCAGCAGCAGCAGCAGUAGUAGUAGUAGUAGUGGCAGCAGUUCAGUUUUUUUUUGUUUUUUUUUUCCACUGCGAAUGGCUCUAAUCAGUGAAAUAUAUAAAGCCAGGAUAUAACUGGUACUUAAUGCAUUGGCUCUGCUGGGAUGAUUGUCAGUUUGUUUUAACUAAAUUUAAACCCAGAAGAAAUAAAGGGCUGGGAUCCCUGUCAGUCAGCCAUUUUAAACAAUAAUGGAGAUGGUGAUUAUCAUUAUUAUUAUUAUUAUUAUUAUUAUUAUUAUUAUUAUUAUUUACAAUAACAAUUAUUUUUGUUGUUAUUAUUGAUGUUAAUAAUAAUAAUAAUAAAAUAUUAAUAAUAACAAAUAAAAUAAUAAACAAUCAAUAUAAGAAAGGAAAUUAUUGUUUAAAUGUUUUUUUUUUUAUUUUAAACUUACCUUGACAAACAAAAUCAAUGACAAUGACAACAACAAAAGAAAAAAAAAUAUUUUCUUUUCUGAUAAUGACAAAAAAAAAUAGUGUUUUGUUUAUGAUAAUAACAAUCAUAAUUAUAAUAAUGAUAAUUACAUUAAUAAUAUAAAUAUCAUACCUUUUUUUUUUUAUUAUAUAAUUUCUGUUCAGUUAAAACUAAAGUAAAAUAGAAAGCAUAAAAUUGCUAAUCGUAUAUAUAUAUACAUAAACACACAGACAGACAAAGAGCAAUCGUUGAAGUAAAACACUUCUUUCAUUCACAUAAACACACACAUAUACAUAAACACAUACAUAUACACGUUAUUGUUCACGCUGGUCGCCCCACCUUUGUCCCUUACCAGCCAUUCAUGAGACUGUACAACACUCCACAUGUAUGAAUACUUGGAGCAGAUGUUCCGACUGACUGACAGGCUGGCUGGCUGGCCGGUUGGCUAACUGACUGACAACACUUGUCUGUCAGUACAGAGACACUGUCACAUUACUACAACAGCAGCAUUUACACUGUCACACCGCUACAAGAAUAAUAAGCGUUACUACAGCAUUUGUUACACGGAAACACUACUACAGCAGCAAUUACAAGGAGCACCACUACUGCUACUACAUCAACAGCAGCAGCAGUAAUAACUCAGGAGUAGCAUCACCAUUGCUACAUCGACAGCAGCAGCAAUUACUCAGGAGCACCACCACUACUACCGCCACUACAUCAAUAGAAUACAUGCCUCUACAACAACAAUGGAUUAGGCU